AUGAGGCCCUCUGUACUCGCGCUCAUGAUCUGCUUGGCCAUUGGCACCCUGACUGCAGCUCACACCACCAGAGAGCUCAGCACCCAUACAUUGGAUGCUAGACCCAGUGAGUUUCUAGCCAGGUCCGUUGGGGAGGCAUGGAGCUGUAAUUCCUGGCCGGGCACCUGUCGAUUGCUCCGUGGCUCCGCCGGCCCGGACUGCUGCCAUGGCGCCUGCGUCAGCAUGCAACGCGAUGCGCGGCACUGCGGCGUCUGUGGGAAGAAGUGCAGGCACUUGGAGGCGUGUUGCCAUGGAAAAUGUGUGAACCUGAUGUUUGAUGCACACCACUGCGGAAGCUGCAACAAGAAGUGCAAGAGUGGUGCUCGCUGUUCGUAUGGGAUGUGCGAUUAUGCGUAG